AUGGAGGAAGGUGGACCAAGUGGCACCUCUCUUGUGCAAGGUACCACAAGACCCCGGAGAUACAAUUUCAGAAAUAGGAACCAAAUAGCUGAACCUGAGGGAGUUGAAGGAAACUCAAGUAAUGAGUCCACUGAUCAGGGUUUGGAGGAGGUACGGCCUCCUCCCGCCCUAAUCAGGGUGCCGCAGCCAGAGAAUAGGCCAAGAAGGAUGAGAUGGAGCAGAGAAAUGAAUGCAGCUGUUAUCCGAGCCUACUACCUGGCAACAAAAAUUGAAACAGACCGAACUCAAUAUAGGGACAGAUUGAUGCACUAUUGGAAGCGCAUUAUGCCACAGUCGGAGCUGACAGCCCAACGGAUUGCUGAUCAGGUGAGAGUUAUAAAGCAAAGGAGAUUUCUCACUGAGGAAGAACUGGCUUGUAUAAGAGAGGAGGUUCAUAAUCAGCUGUUUGGCACUGCAGAUAAUGAGGCUUUGGAAAAUGAAGAAGCAGCACAUGCAAGAGAAGAAGCUGAAAUAGAAAGAGACACCCUAUUACUAGAUGGAGGGGCUGGGACUGCAUUGGUGUCAGAGGAAAGGGUUAACAGGGCUGGGACUGCAUUGGUGUCAGAGGAAAGGGAUAACAACCUUGAAUCGAAAAUAGAAAAUGUCUUGCUUGAAAAUGUUUUCAAAUACAAGGAAGUAGCUGUUGAGUGUAGGCCUAUGCUUAAAAAAGUGCCAUAUAACAGGAAAACCCUUCUUACUGUUGAGGCAGUGAAUAAAACACUUGCCAAGCACAUAAAUGAAAUAAAUAGUAUUGCUGAUGUGACGGACUGGAUCUAUUGUGGGGCUCUAACUGUCUUUCAGGAGUUGGGGAUGAAGAUCUCAUUCAGAAAAGCAAGGAAAGGAAACACCAAUAACAGUGGAGCUAAGAAAAAAUCGAAGUGGAGAAUAAGGAUUGAAGGUAAGAUUGGAGACUUAAGAAGAAAAAUAGGUAUAUUGACAAGCUAUUUGAGAGAUCCUGAAAAAGCAUCACUGAGGCAGAAGAGGUUGGUGGAUGAAAUAGUAGUACAGCAUAUUGGCUUUGCUCAACAGAAUAAAUUCAAUGAAACACUCGCACUCCAGAUGAAUAAAUUCAAGCAGAGACUUGCAGCACUUGCUAAUCGGUGUCGCAGAUAUACAGAGGCUGAGUCGAGAAGACAUCAGGCAACGUUAUUCUCCAACGAUGAAAGGAAAUAUUACAAACUUUUAAAUAGCAAUGAACACGGUGUAGUGCAACAUCCUGGUGUUGAAGAUAUGGAAAAAUUUUGGAAGGAUAUUUGGCAAGAGCCAGUUAUGCACAAUGAAAAUACAUACUGGAUAGAUCAGGUGAAAAGCAAGAUGAGAGACCUUGCUGGAAUGCCACAAUGUGUAAUCUCUACAGAGGAUGUUUCUAUUGCAGUGAAGAAGAGUCACAAUUGGAAAGCACCAGGGCCAGAUGGUAUCCAAAACUAUUGGCUGAAGAAUUUUUCAAGCUUGCAUUCUAAGAUUGCAGGCUGCUUCAAUGACCUACUACAACAGAGAUCAGAAAUACCAGUGGGUUUUGCAUCUGGACUUACUUUUAUGAUUCCAAAGAAAGAGGGGAAUCUGAGCCCUGGAGAUUAUAGACCGAUCACAUGCCUGAACAGUACUUACAAGCUAAUGACAUCCACGCUCGCUUCCAAGAUUGAUAGCCACAUCACUCUCAAUAAGAUCAUGGCAACAGAGCAGCUUGGAUGUAGGAAGGGUGCUAAAGGCUGUAAGGAGCUUUUGAUUCUGGACUCUUUUAUUGCAGGGCAAGCAAGUGCAAAGCAAAGGAAUGUAUCAAUAGCUUGGAUAGAUUAUGCUAAAGCAUUGACUCGGUUCCACAUAGCUGGCUGUUGUAUGUUCUCCAGCUCUACAAGGUGGAUGAAGCUCUUGUGA